UUAGGGCUUAAGAGAAAAGAGAGAAUGCAAGCGCUGCUCGUCCGCGUCGCGAGGACGGCGACGGGGCAGCUAUGGGGGAAUGCGUCUCGCCGAUCGAAAUUUACCUUGAAUCACAGCGAAUCUGGCGGCGUGGAUGCGUUCUUCGAAGCGGGGCGAGGCCCCGAUCCAAAAAAGGGGGACUACUGUGGAAGGAGCUGGCGCACCGAGGAGUUGCGGAUUAAAUCGUGGGACGAUCUCCACAAGCUGUGGUAUGUUCUCUACAUCGAGAAGAACAUGCUCAUGUCCCAAGUUCUCAUGCUCAAGUCGCAAAACAUUAAAAUCGCUGCCAGGGACCGGAUUGACAAGGUGAAGCUGUCAAUGCAUAGACUCAAGCACGUCCUCUCCGAGAGAGCUCUCGCGGAAAAGGAUCGAAGAAAGAGGAACGUUCUCAAGAAGCUUGUCAAUGGCCGAUGAUCAAACCAGUGUUUUCGUCAUUCUCCGGCAAGAGUUUUUUUUAUAGAAUUUUUCUCUCGAGCUCGAUCUGGGAAAGCUUGGAAAAAACUCACCAGUGGUGUGCGAGGUACUUGUACACUUCGUUGCUUUAUUCCCGUUCUUCCCGUUCUUUGUGCU